AUGACUUUUGAUCACAACCAUAAGGAUUUCGUUGCAGAUCCUCGAAAUGUCAGACUUGGGCUAGCUUCUGAUGGAAUGAAUCCUUUCAAAACAUUAAGAGUAAGCCAUAGUACAUGGCCAAUUAUUUUGAUACCAUAUAAUCUUCCUCCAUGGAUGUGUAUGAAGCAACCUAAUUUCAUUAUGUCUUUGCUCAUACCUGGUCCAGACGCACCUGGAAAUAAUAUUAAUGUAUAUCUAAAGCCACUGAUUGAGGAGUUAAAGGAGUUAUGGGAAGUUGGAGUUGAAACUUUUGAUGCAUCUACCAAAAAAAACUUUAAUAUGCGGGCAUCACUAUUAUGGACUAUCAGUGACUUUCCAGCAUAUACAAACUUAUCAGGAUGGAGCACGAAAGGAAAAUAUACGUGCCCAUCUUGUCAUCAAGACACUUAUUCAUUAUGGUUGAAGUAUAGAAAAAACCAUUGUUAUAUGGGACAUCGACGCUGGUUAGAAAAUAACGACCCAUUUAGAAAUGAUGAAAAGUCUUUUGAUGGCACAAAAGAGAAAAGAAUGGCUCCAACACCAUUAAGUGGUUCUAUAAUACUGGAUACGUUAGCAGGUUACCAACUUAAAUUUGGGAAGACAGUUGUUAAUCCUUCAUUGCCAUACGAUUGGAAGAAAAAGAGUAUAUUUUUUGAUUUGCCAUAUUGGAAGGAUAAUUUAUUACGACACAAUGUUGAUGUGAUGCAUAUUGAAAAAAAUGUAUGUGAAAGUUUAAUUGGGACAUUAUUGAGUUUAGAUGCAAAAAAUAAAGACAAUCUGAAUGCACGUCUUGAUUUAAAAUAUAUGGGUAUUAGAUCUGAACUUCAUCCAAAGGAGAGCGAGUCAAAGAAAACUGUCAUUCCGCUUGCAUCAUAUGAGACAAGAAUUGCUGGACCAUCAGUUUACCGUUGCGUGUACCCUAUUGAAAGGUACUUGUCUAAGCUAAAGUCAUAUGUUCGAAACAAAAGCAAACCGGAAGGUUGUAUUGCUGAAGGAUAUUUAGCUGAUGAAUGGUUAACAUUUUGUUCAAGAUAUAUGGAAGGUGUGGAGACAAAAUUUAAUUGCAAGCCUAGAAAUUACAGUAAUGUGGAACCAAAUGGAGAAACAUUGCCUAUUUUCCAAACGACAGGUCGACAUUUGGGAAAAAUAGAUACUAAGAAUUUAGAUGAGGAUACUAAAGUAGAAGAAUUAUAUGAUAAUGGAGAUGAUCGAGUUUCUGAAGAUUUACGUUGUUUGGCAAAUGGUCCAAACAAUAUUUUCAUUCAAUUUAAAAGAUAUCUAAUAAACGGUUUCAGGUUUCACACAAAAGAAAUCGAAAAGAACUUAAGAACUCAAAAUAGUGGAGUUAUUAUGACUGCCAAGACUCAAAGUUUCGCAAGUAGUAGGGACCCAAAUCCUGUUUUCGGAGAGGUUACUUUUUAUGGAAUAUUAACUGAUAUUAUAGUACUAGAUUAUUCUUUGGGAAAUCGUGUUGUAUUAUUUAAGUGUGAUUGGAUUUCAAGAAGUGGCAUUAAAAAAGAGAAGGAUUGCACAAGAGUCAACUUUUCAAAAUUGAUGCGUGAAGAUGAGCAAUUUAUACUAGCUUCUCAAGCAGAACAGUCUUAUUUGCAAACUGAAGUUUGUAGCGCAACUAUUGAUGUUGGGGAUGGAGAGAGUAGUUUGGUUAGGGAAGAAAUGCAAGACAUAAUGAUUGAUACAUCAGUGUCGUCGUUUGAUACAAACGAGAUAGGUGAAGAAACUUAG